CGAUGAUGACACUAGUAGUUGUAGUAGUAUUAACAACAAAAAACGAAGCAAGUUAUCAUCGUCUUUUGCUGCUGCUGCUGCUGCUGCCUUCAACGGUGGUGGUGGUCAUCCUGGUGCUGGUGGAAUGGAGACAAACGAAAGGCUGACGUGCAUUGCAUGCAAGCGGGAGUUACGACGGGAGGAAAUAUCAGAACAGGUGGGAUGCGACACAUCGAUCACUGCAGACCUGGUCACAUGGACAUGGACUCCGAGCGCUCUUUUCACCGAUUGGCGGCCCAAACGGUGUCCCCGUUGUGAGCGUCACUUUACCCUUUUUGCUCAAGAAUGGCCGAACCGGAAGGAGAAAAAGAAAAAGAAGCUUGUUGCUGCCACUCCUCUUAGCAGUAGUAGUAGUCCUAAUACGACCACAGAAGCAGGAGAUAGCAGCAGCAGCAUCAAGUCGUCUAAAAAGAGCAGCAGCGUCAGUGGAAACAAGAAGCAGUCUUCGUCGAAAAAGAAAUCUAGAGCAGCAGCAACCAAGCGUGGACAGGAACAAGAGAAGAAAAAGCAAAAGAAAAAGAGGGUCAAGGCCAAAGCAGCAGAAGCAUUGCCGCCAUUAAAGAUUGAGACGACCGACGACGUGUUCGACAACGAUGAUCUGUUUUCGCCACUUCUCACCCCGCUUUCUGAAUUUUCGGGUGACGAAGAUGACCUGUUCAAUGUUGCACUGUGAAAAAAGGGCCUUUCUCUCCUUAUCUUUCAUUAUUCCCCCCCCCCCCUCCGCCCCUGCCAACCCCCUGGUGGCCUACAUACAUGAAAAGACGCGCCGUAAAAAAAUCAAACCCAUCUCCUCUCGUUUGUAAAUAAUUCUUUUUUCUUAGUAAGAGUAAGAAAAAAAAAGAAAAGAAAAGAAA